AUGGCGAAGCAGGAGUUGCACGUCGGUAUCGUCGGUGCAGGCAUUGGGGGUGUCAUGGCCGCCAUUGCGAUCGCUCGAGCCGGGGGUACUGUCACAGUGCUUGAAGCGGCAGCUCAGCUUGGCGAAAUCGGCGCAGGCAUCCAGAUGGUAUGAACCACGCUGAGGCCAAGGAGGUCUACUAACCUCAGCCUGACAGACGCCGAAUGUUGCUAGACUCCUCAUACGAUACGCCGUGGACAGAGCCAUAGGCAACAACUUGGUCCGUUUUGAAGAGCUGAAUAUGCGCGCGAAAGACGGGCGGAAGAUUGGAUAUACCUUGAUCAAACGGGUCGAAGAGACUCUUGGAUAUCCAUGGUGGCUCGUACAUCGACACCACCUUCACAAUGGACUCGUGGAAGUCGCGAGGGGAUGUGGUGCCAACCUCGUUAUAAACAGCAGAGUAGCAAAGCUGGAGCAGCAGUCAAAUGGCAAGGUCUCGGUGGUUACUGAUCGGGAUGUUUCUUACAGCUUCGACUUGGUCAUUGGCUCCGACGGCGUUCAGUCAAUAGUUCGGAAAACUUUGUUCCCAGAUAUCAGACCCAGGCCUCCGACUGGGAACUGCGCUUACCGCGCGAUCGUGCCCUAUGGAGAGGUCAGGAACGACCCCCUGACCAAAGAGCUCGUUGAAGACCAGCACGGCAAUCUCAUCAAGACCAUGGAGGUCUGGAUGGUAGGAUCCUGGUUGUAGUGGAAGCUGCGUCGUCAUACUAACACAUUUAUCGAGGCUCCGACUGGCUACAUCAUAUCGUAUCCGAUCUCAGAUGCAAAGGAUUUCAACAUGGUGCUCAGUCAUUUCCGUGACCCACCCGUGCACGCUGUGCAAGAAGUUCGCAUUGAAGAAGUCCGGAACGAAUACCGAGAUUACGAUCCAAGGAUACGUCGAAUCAUAGAGAAGAUCAAACCACCGAUCUCCCGCUGGCCUCUUCUUGUGACAGGUCCUCUGGAGACGUGGUCCAAUCCAGAGAAGAACGUCGUUCUUAUUGGAGAUGCAGCGCGUAAGUCGAUAAUGAUCUUCGGAGGUCGAUGCCUGGGGCUUCCAUAGCUAAGAUGCCCAGAUUCGAUGACCAAUCAUAUGGCACAGGGUGCUGCUACCAGCAUGGAAGAUGGAGCUUUCCUGGCCAAAUGCCUCGGCGCGUUCAUUGAUGGACGUGUCCGCCUUUCCGAAGCCAUCGCAAUAUACGAGGGAGGCAGAAUGCCGAAAGCUAGUUACAAGCAACAGGUCUCGUUCCUGAAUGGUUGGCUUUGGUGAGUGCAACGAGUAGCAUGAGGCUGAACUGCGGCUGAUCGUUGUGUCUAGGCAUCUGCCUGACGGACCGGCUGCAGAAGCGAGGGAUAAGACUAUGCAGCCUGAGCUGAGUGGCCAAGUCCCGAUGAAGAGCGCCAAUCUGUACGGAGAUCCUACCACGGUCCUGGAAUGUUAUGGAUAUGAUGCAGAACAACAUGCCGAAGAUGAGAUAGCCACCUUCAUCAAUAACGGCCGUCCAGUCAGGGAUGCUGCGACCACUGUGACAAGGACCGAAGUUGACAGUAAGUUCUAUCCUCAUCCGACGUCGAUCAUGGCAGGGCUCCGCCGCUAACAUGAUGAAGAAAUUGCGAAUUGGUGUCUGCCUGAGGAACACAAGUUUAGGAUCCAAUCAUGA